UGACGUCGGAGUUUGCGGCAGCCCAGGCGGGAGGCUGUGCGCGUGUGGAGUGGCUGCGCGGCCGGGAAGAUGUGCUCCGCGGGGCAGCCGCCGCAGUGAGCUCAGCGACAGGAGCCAGGAGCGCGGCUGGCAGCAGCGGCAGGGCCUGGGCGGCGAACCUGGCGCUCCUGCACGGGGGAGGCCGCCGGCACCGAGGGCGCUCGGCCGGCCCCAGGAUGUAGGCGACCGUGGCUCCUGCUGGCGGACCGCUCACCAUGAAGAAGCACUCGGCCCGGGUGGCUCCGCUCAGCGCCUGCAACAGUCCGGUCCUGACCCUCACCAAAGUGGAAGGGGAGGAGCGCCCCCGGGACGGCCCGGGCCCCACGGAGGCCGCGGCGGGGGCGGAGGCCGGGCGGGCGAGCCGCCGCGGCUGCAGGGGCUCGGGGCCGCGGCUCCGCAAGCUGGCCUGGGGCCUGGCGGUGGUGCUGUGCGUGUGCGCCUCCUGGGCCGGCUCCACGCAGCUCGCCAAGCUGACCUUCCGCACGUUCGACGCGCCCUUCACCCUGACCUGGUUCGCCACCACCUGGAACUGCUUGUUCUUCCUGCUGUACUAUGCGGGCCACGCGUGCAAGGCCGAGGAGAGGCAGUCGGUGUGGCAGCGGUACAGGGAAUGCUGUCGAUUUUUUGGAGACAAUGGCUUGACUUUGAAGGUGUUUUUUACCAAGGCAGCCCCCUUUGGGGUGCUCUGGACACUCACAAACUACCUGUACUUGUAUGCAAUAACGAAAAUAAACACUACGGACGUCUCCGUGCUCUUCUGCUGCAACAAGGCUUUUGUGUUCUUGCUCUCGUGGAUCGUUCUCAGGGACAGGUUCAUGGGCGUGAGGAUCGUGGCCGCCAUCCUCGCCAUCGCUGGCAUCGUGAUGAUGACCUACGCGGACGGCUUCCACAGCCACUCCGUCAUCGGCAUAGCGCUGGUGGUGGGCUCCGCGUCCACGUCCGCCCUCUACAAGGUCCUGUUCAAGCUCCUCCUGGGCAGUGCCAAGUUCGGGGAGGCCGCCUUAUUCUUGUCUGUCCUGGGUGUGUUUAACCUCCUCUUCGUCACCUGUGUCCCCGUCAUCCUCUACUUCACCAAGGUGGAGUACUGGAGCCCUUUCACUGACAUUCCCUGGGGAAACCUCUGCGGGUUCGCAGUCCUGCUGUUAACGUUCAAUGUCGUGUUAAACUUUGGGAUUGCUGUCACGUACCCCACUCUGAUGUCUCUCGGAAUCGUCCUCAGUGUACCUGUGAAUGCAGUGGUGGAUCACUACACCAGCCCGAUCGUCUUCAACGGGGUCCGCGUCAUCGCCAUCAUCAUCAUCGGCCUGGGCUUCCUCCUGCUGCUCCUGCCGGAGGAGUGGGACGUCUGGCUGGCCCAGCUGCUCACCCGCCUGAAGGUGCGGAAGAAGGAGGAGGCGGCGGAGGGCGGCGCCGACCCGGGCUCGGGGCCGCCCGGCAAGAGGAGAGGCCGCCCCUCCUUUGCCCGCUGACGCCGGGCUCUGGGGCUCUCGGGGACGCUGGCGCUAGGGAUCGGGAGGUCUAUUCCCGGCGGGACCGCGGCUGGUGCGGUGUACAUACCUGUACAGUUUUGGUAACCUUGGUAAGUCACACGGUAUUUAUUGGCAUGUCCAAUCUGCUUGCUCUUCUUCACGUCAGACCUUCCACUUCAGGCAUCGGUUCGCAGCGUGAGAGGAACGGGAGAGCCCCCACUCUUUCUAGACGAAUGUAAAUCGAGACACAGCUGGUCUUGCCUGCCCGGGUUGGUCCGGACGGCGGGCGCUCCUGGCAGGGCAGGGUUUUGAAUCUUAGCAACUGAAAAUUACAUUGCACACUGUGAUUACUUUUCAGCUGUGGUAGGUCAUAUAUAUAUAUAUUUUUAAUACCAGAGCUAUCCUCUUAAUUUUAUGGGAUCUCCAUGAACCCAAAGAUAACGAAGGUAGUUUGGGUGGACAGCUGGAUGUGAAGAGGGGGUGCAGGAAAGGAGAGCGGAUACCAGAAACCAUCGCUUGCACCAGCGGGCGGCAGCUGGAGGGGGACAGGCCCGCGCCGGGUGACGUCAGGGGGGCGGAGGGGGGCAGGUGAUCCGAGCCCCCGCCUGCCAGCUCUCCCGCGUCUGUGUAAGGUCACUCCAGAGAAAUUACAGUGCCUUCUACAGAAUCUCCGUCUUUACCUACGUGAAGCGAGGUGACAUUAUAAGUCACUGGCGCCGUCUUAUAAUUUAGAUGUAGACAUCCUUAAAAACAAAUAAAAUUAUACGUUAUGUGUGUGUGUGUACAAAGGUGACAGAGCAGAUGGCCAGCGUCAGGGAACGCGGGUCCCGGUGAGCCAUGCGCACACGGGGCAGGCUCCACGGGAGGGGCGGACUGUCGGGGGCUUUUACUUCACGACCAAGACCGACAAAUUAUUUACAGAAUCUGUACAUCUUUUUAUGAGACUUUUAAGCACCAGGCCGUUUACUUCCACAACUGAGCUCUGCCGGAAACUUCUAUCUGUGAUAGAUCUGUCUGUAAAGAGGGACGAGGGGGGUAGAGUCUACUAUUUUUGAAGUUUACAUUGUUACAUACGAAACGGAACCCUUAUUUUGAAACGCGGUCAUGCCCCGAAGGUGCCCUGUGUAACCACGGAGUCUCCCGUGCCACAGGGGCAAGGGGCACUCAUGACCUGAACUUUUUAGCCGAUUACUCUUCUCCGUUCCCAUUACCUGUUUGGCCAAACAGACGAAUAAACCAUUUAAAAAGAA